AGCUUCAGCUUCAGCUUAAACCUCGCAUCAGCUACUGCCAGUCCGCCGCGAUUCAUCUUCUCUUAUGGGUAGGAGAACUGCCUCAUAACACCACGUUCAAGUGUUCGCAAGACUCAGUCUUCAAUCGGAAGCCGCUCAAUUCGCAACAAACUCCAUCUUUCGGAUCGGUUUAGUAACCUGGUGGUGAAUUUUUAUACCUGAAACUUAAAUAAGAUAACUCUUGUGUUGCUUUUGCGUGUACGCGAGUAAAAGUGUGCUCGUUAAGCGAAAUCAAAAGUGGACAUUAAAAAAAAAGAAAAGUGACUUAAUCCAAUAUUUAAUUUCAUAUUUUUGGAAAAGAAGAAGAAGAAAAAAAAGAACUGCAAUCAUGGUGCAAUUAACACCAGUACAGGAGUACUACAAAGGCAAGACUGUCUUUAUAACCGGUGCUUCGGGAUUUAUGGGAAAAGUUCUGUUGGAGAAACUUCUAUAUUCAUGCUCGGAAUUGAAGGAAGUCAUUAUUAUGAUGCGCCCUAAAAGGGGUAAGGUCCCCGAAUCAAGACUUGAUGAGAUGUUCAAGAUUCCAAUCUUUCAAAGAAUCAAGGAAGAAAAACCAGAGGUCCUAAAGAAGGUGACUCUUGUUCAAGGAGAUGUUACUUUUGAUACUCUUGGUCUAAAUGGAGACAAUUUGAAGCACAUAACUUCAAACACCAACAUUGUAUUCCACAUGGCUGCCACUUUAAAGCUCGAGGGUAAUCUUAAGGACGCCAUCGACAUGAAUACCACAGGAACCAAACGUGUUCUAGACAUUGCCAAGAACAUGUCCAACUUAGAGGCCUUCAUUCAUGUGUCAACGGCUUUUUGUAAUUGCGAUCAAGAGGUUAUGUACGAAAAGGUCUACGAUUUCCCUCAUAAACCAGAGGAUCUUAUUCGUUUGGCCGAAUGGAUGGAUGUCAAGAUGUUGGAUAACAUAACACCUGAACUCUUGAAACCACACCCCAACACCUACACCUACUCGAAACGUCUGGCUGAGAUCUUAGUUCGUGAUCAUUAUCCAACUAUGCCAGUGAUCAUUGCUAGACCAAGUAUUGUAUCACCCUCGGCCUACGAGCCCGUUCCCGGAUGGGUGGAUAAUCUGAACGGCCCCACUGGACUUAUGGUCGGCGCCGGAAAAGGUGUCAUUCGAUCGAUGCUCAUUGAUGGCCGCUUCAAGUCAGAAGUCAUUCCGGUGGACUAUGCAAUCAAUGGCCUAAUAACGAUUGCCUAUGAAUUUGGUUCGGCCGAAAUGAAGCCACCGUCUGUGCCGGUGUAUAAUAUAACGUGUGCGGAUCAUAGGAAAAUCUGCUGGGGGGAGGUUAUUGAGUUGAGCAAAAAGAUUGGCUACCAAUAUCCGGUUGAAGCAGGACUCUGGUACCCAGAUGGUUGCGUCACCACAAACAAGUAUUUGCACAAUAUUAAUGUUCUGCUGUUCCAUUGGCUGCCAGCGUAUUUAAUUGAUUUCCUUAUGUUGCUAUUGGGACAGAAGAGAUUCAUGAUACGGAUACAAAAUCGAAUAUCGAUUGGACUUGAUGUUCUUCAGUUCUUCACUCUUAGAGAAUGGAAUUUUAGAUCGCAACAUUAUGGAAAUAUUUGGCCGAAACUUCAACCAGAAGACCAGUUGAUAUUCAAUCAGAAUAUGGACGCAGUCGAAGAUGCUGAAGAAUAUAUGAUAUCAUGCGUUAAAGGUGGUCGACAGUAUUUAUUAAAAGAAUCACUUGAUACAUUGCCAAGGGCUCGAAAACAAUUAAAAAUGAUGUACAUUUUAGAUCGAGCUUGCAAGGUUCUUAUAACUGGAUUUAUAUUAUAUUAUUUAGCACAAAUAUUAGUCUCGCCAUCGGUUAAUGAGCCAGUUCACGGAUGGGUUGAUAAUUUGAACGGACCCACAGGAUUAAUGGUUGGAGCCGGCAAAGGUGUCAUUCGAUCGAUAUUGGUUGAAAAAUCAAAUCUGUCAGAAGUUAUCCCAGUGGAUUAUGCCAUCAAUGGAUUAGUGGUAAUUCCCUAUGAAUUCAAUAAGGAAAAGAAGCCUGCCACUAUUCCCGUUUACAACAUGACAAAUGCUGAUCAUCGUAAAGUUCCAUGGGGCCAUGUUAUUGAAACUAGUAAAAAAAUCGGUUAUCAAUAUCCACUCAAUGCAGGACUUUGGUAUCCGGAUCCUGUCAUUACAGCAAAUAAACUACAUCACAAAAUCAAUACCAUAUUCUUCCAUUGGCUGCCAGCGAUUUUGAUCGACUUUUUGUUGCUGAUUUUCUUGCAAAAGAGAUUAUUUAAUAUGGACAUGAAUUCUGAGGUCAGUGAAGAAGAGUAUAUGAUUAGAUGUGCUCUUGGUGGUCGACAAUUUUUGCUUAAAGAGAAACCUGAAGAUCUCCCUAGAGCUAGAUUACAUCUUAAAAUACAAUAUGUUGUUGAUCGAGUGUGCAAGACUUUAAUAGUUGGUGGACUCAUUUAUUGGUUACUUUUAACUCCAGCACAUAUGGAACCUCUCCCCGGAUGGGUAGACAAUUUGAAUGGACCAGUUGGAGUUAUGAUUGGAGCCGGUAAAGGUGUUAUACGAUCAAUGAUAUGCAAUGGAGAACUUAAAUCUGAGAUUAUACCGGUUGAUUUGGCUGUAAAUGGAUUGAUUGUCUUGCCAUAUAAUUACAUGCACAUGCAAUUAGCCAAGAAACCAGAUCGAGUGCCGGUUUUUAAUAUAACUUGCUCUGAAAAUAAGAAAAAGACAUGGAAGUGGAUCAUGGACGUAGGUAAACAGUUUGCCUUUGAUUAUCCAUUCGAGAUUGGCCUUUGGUAUCCUGAUGGUAAUAUGACAACAAACAAGCUCUACCACUGGUUUUGUGUGGUAUUCUUUAUGUGGCUGCCGGCUUAUUGCAUUGACUUUCUGCUCUUCAUAUUUCGACAAAGACGAUUCAUGGUACGUGUUCAGACAAAAAUCGCUACUGGAUUGGAACUCUUGCAGUUCUUUACAACACGUUCCUGGGAUUUCAAGUCUGAUAAUUUUAUGAGAAUAUUUUCUGACCUAACUCCAAAGGACAAAGAGAUAUUUAAAAUGAAUACCGAUGACUUGGACGAAUUGGAAUACAUGAAGUAUAGUUUCCUUGGAGGCAGACAAUAUGUCAUGAAAGAGCCAUUGUCUUCACUUCCAAGAUCCAGGACACAAUUGAAAUUUUUAUUUGCCUUGGAUCGAGUGUGUAAGGCAAUCAUUAUCGGGACCUUACUUUAUUGGAUUUAUCUGAAGUUAGGUUUGAACACAGUGAUAACUUCAACAAUGGACGCAGUAGCAAUGCAAAACAUCAAGACCUAAAAUGGGGAAUCUACCGUAUUUGAAAGAUUUGUUUAGUGAAUUUUUCAUAAAUCGGUUUGUUUACGAGGAAUGUUCAACAAAACUGCUUCUUAUUUUUUUUAUUCAAUAAUAAUAAUUGUUAUAAAUAUCAUUCAAAAUAUUCAUUAUGUUUAUUCAUUUAGAAUUAAGUUUUACAUAUUUACAUUUAUAGUAUUUUUGUUGUUCAAUUUUUAUUUACCAUUGGAUUUUUGACUGAUUACUUAAAAUUAUUCUAUUUUUUCUUAUGUUUUAUAAUAAAAUCAAUUCAAAUGAA